AGAGUAAUGGAGCCAAGACAUCUCCUCUGGGCACUACUAUUUAUGGAUCCAUUGUGGCCCCAACUAACUGAUGGGGCCACUCGAGUCUACUAUCUGGGCAUCCAGGAUGUACAGUGGAACUAUGCUCCUAAGGGAAGGAAUGUCAUCAAGAACCAGCCUCUGGACAAUGACACAGUGGCUUCCAGUUUCCUAAAGUCUAAUAAGAACCGAAUAGGAAGUAAAUACCAGAAGACUAUCUACAAGGAAUACAGGGACAGUUCAUAUAUGGAUGAAGUGUCUAAGCCAUCCUGGUUGGGCUUCCUGGGGCCAGUGUUGCAGGCUGAAGUGGGGGAUGUCAUUCUUAUCCACUUGAAGAAUUUUGCCACCCGUCCCUACACCAUCCACCCCCAUGGAGUUUUCUAUGAGAAAGACUCAGAAGGCUCUUUAUAUCCAGAUGGCUCUUUUGGGCAGCUGAAAGCUGAUGACUCUGUUCCCCCUGGAGGUAGUCAUGUCUACAACUGGACCAUUCCAGAAAGCCAUGCACCUACAGAUGCUGAUCCAGCAUGCCUCACCUGGAUCUAUCAUUCUCAUGUGGAUGCUCCACGAGACAUUGCUACUGGCCUCAUUGGCCCCCUCAUCACUUGUAAAAGAGGAUCCCUGGAUGGGAACCCCUCUCCUCGGCGGUUGGAUGUGGACCAUUAUUUCUUCUUACUCUUCAGUGUAGUAGAUGAGAACCUUAGUUGGCACCUCAAUGAUAAUAUUGCCACUUACUGCUCAGACCCUGCCUCAGUUGAUAAAGAAGAUAAAGCCUUUCAGGAGAGCAACAGAAUGCAUGCAAUAAAUGGCUUUGUCUUUGGGAACCUACCAGAGUUGAGCAUGUGCUCACUAAAGCGUGUGUCCUGGCACUUGUUUGGUAUGGGCAAUGAAGUGGAUGUCCACACAGUUUUCUUCCAUGGACAGAUGCUAACCAUCCGAGGUCACCACACUGACGUGGCUCACAUCUUUCCUGCCACUUUUGUGACUGCUGAAAUGGUGCCCCAAGAGUUAGGCACCUGGUUAAUUAGCUGUCAAGUGAAUCUUCAUUUGCAAAAUGGCAUGCAAGCACUCUACAAGGUCAAAUCUUGCUCCACAGACCCUCCUGUGGACAAACUAACAGGAAAAGUCCGGCAGUACUUCAUUGAGGCCCAUGAAAUUCAAUGGGACUAUGGCCCAAUGGGGCAUGAUGGGAGUACUGGGAAGAGUUUAAGGGAGCCAGGCAGUAUAUCAAAUAAGUUCUUCCAAAAGAACGCCAGACGAAUUGGGGGCACUUACUGGAAAGUCCGUUAUGAAGCUUUCCAAGAUGAGACAUUCCAGGAGAGGAUGAAGCUGGAGGAAGAAAAGCAUCUGGGAAUCUUGGGGCCAGUGAUACGGGCUGAGGUGGGUGACAUCAUCCAGGUAGUCUUCUACAAUCGUGCCUCUCAGUCAUUCAGCAUUCAACCCCAUGGGGUCUUUUAUAAGAAAGACUACGAGGGCACUGUGUACAAUGAUGGGACAUUUGAGAUUUAUUGCCAAGAGGGCAACCAUCGAGAAGCAGGGAUGAGUGCUAUCUACAAUGUUUCCCAGUGUUCUAGGCACCAAGAUACCCCUCGUCAGCACUACCAGGCUGCAAGAAUUUAUUAUAUCAUGGCAGAAGAAGUAGAAUGGGACUAUUGCCCUGACAGAAGCUGGGAACUGGAAUGGCACAACCAGUCUGGGGAGGAGAGUUAUGGUCACAUCUUCCUGAGCAAUAAGGAUGGAUUCCUGGGUUCCAUAUACAAAAAAGCUGUAUUCAGAGAAUACACUGAUGGUACAUUCAGGAUCCUUAAGACAAGGACUGAAACAGAAGAACAUUUGGGAAUUUUGGGUCCACUUAUUAGAGGAGAGGUUGGUGAUAUUUUGAAUGUGGUAUUCAAGAAUAAUGCCAGCCGUCCCUACUCUAUGCAUGCCCAUGGAGUGCUAGAAUCUAGUAACAGCCAGCCACUGGCCGCUGAACCUGGUGAAGUGGUCACUUACCAGUGGAACAUACCAGAAAGAUCUGGCCCUGGACCCAAUGACUCUGCUUGUGUCUCUUGGAUCUAUUAUUCUACAGUGAACCCCAUAAAGGACUUAUACAGUGGCCUGGUAGGACCACUGGCUAUCUGUCGAAGGGGUAUCCUAGGGCCACAUGGAAGACGAAGUGACAUGGACAGAGAGUUUUCCUUGUUGUUCUUGAUUUUUGAUGAGAACCAGUCAUGGUAUCUGGAGGAAAAUGUGGCAACCCAUGGAUCCCAGGAGCCAGGCCAUGUAAACCUACAGGAUGAGACUUUCUUGGAAAGCAAUAAAAUGCAUGCCAUAAAUGGGAAGCUUUAUGCCAACCUCAAAGGUCUUACCAUGUAUCAAGGAGAACAAGUGGUCUGGUAUAUGCUGGCCAUGGGCCAAGAUAUUGAUCUACACACUGUUCAUUUUCAUGCAGAAAGCUUCCUCUAUCAGGUGAGCUGA